AGAAAAAAAAAGACGAAAACGACUCAUGAUUGUCUCUUCCCUCUCUGAUCAAAAUGGUGGAUUAAAAAAAUGAUUUCAUCUGCACGCUGUUGCAUCACAACUUUCCGUUUCUCCACACGGAUUCUCAACUGACGCCACCACCACCACCACCACCACCACCUCCCGUGGUUUCGGAAUAUUACGGCCGGCGUCGACAGCAACAGAAACUCCGGCCCCCCGUUUUCCCCUGCGCCUAAUUUGACAUGGACGAGCCGCUCCUCUCUUACAUUAACCCCGGCAGGUCCCUCCCGCCGCUCCGCCCUCUGCCGGAAAACAAUGAAAUCUGCAUUCCGCCGCCCAUCACCCCAUCAUCCCGAGAAAUCAAAGACAUGCUCAUUUUCGGCUCGCCCUCAUCCUCAUCAGGUUUCAAAGAUUCCAACUCAAUUUUUCGCGAUGCGUUGAGCGCAUCCCUCGCCUCUCCCAGACUUGGUAACACCGAGAGCGAAAGGUUGAAUCUUGACACCAAUACUAAGAAAUCGAGCCAUGACCCAGAGAGCCUACAGUCAUGGCUGAUUGACCCCAAUUAUCCAGCCUCGAAGAGCAACCUUCACCGCUCCAAAACGGCGCCAGCUAUGGCGACAAUCAAUGAAAUUGAUCAUUGCUCGCAUGAGAAGCCGCCGCAGUUUGGUACGCCCUCAAUUGUAAAGCAGGGUGUGAUUCUGUUGAUCAUCUACUUGAGCUUUGGUGUAAUUAUAUACUCUUUGAAUAUGGAUUCUUUCACGGCCACUCGGACUCACCCCGUUGUAGAUGCUUUGUAUUUCUGCAUUGUCACUAUGUGUACAAUUGGUUACGGUGAUAUAACUCCUGAUAGCACUGCGACCAAGCUCUUUUCCAUCACUUUCGUGCUUGUGGGAUUCGGUUUCAUCGAUAUUUUGCUAAGUGGGAUGGUUAGUUACAUGCUUGAUUUGCAAGAGAACUAUCUGUUGAAGACUAUCAAGGGUGGGGGUGCUCAUGAUGCUCGCUCUUACAUCAUCGAUGUGAAGAAGGGGAGGAUGAGGAUACGGAUGAAGGUGGCGUUGGCAUUAGGCGUUGUGGUCCUCUGCAUCGGAGUAGGGGUUGCUGUUAUGCAUUUUGUGGAGAAGCUUGAUUUGUUGGAUUCAUUCUAUCUGUCUGUUAUGUCUGUCACCACCGUUGGAUAUGGGGAUAGGGCGUUUAAGUCUUUGCCUGGGAGGCUUUUUGCGUCUAUUUGGUUGCUCGUGUCGACACUUGCUGUGGCUAGAGCCUUUCUCUACUUGGCUGAGCUGAGGGUUGAUAGGCGGCACAGGAGGAUGGCUAAGUGGGUGCUCGGACAGGAUAUGACUGUCGCACAGUUUCUUGCUGCAGAUAUUGAUAACAAUGGCUUUGUGACUAAAUCUGAAUUUGUAGUAUACAAGCUCAAGGAGAUGGGCAAGGUCACAGAGAAAGACAUUUUACAGAUAUGCAAGCAGUUUGAACGGCUAGAUGCAGGAAACUGUGGAAAGAUAACUCUUGCAGAUCUUAUGGAAAGUCACCAUUCAUAAGAAAAUUACACAAGAUGAACUUCUCUCUACCUCAUUCAUCUUUGAUACUAUGCUGCCGUGGGGCUCUGUGAAAUUGCCGCUUGCUGCUUACUAAUAUGAGACGAAGCGCAGUCAGAUGCUCAAGUUUUACAACAGUGGCACCUCUGCUAGUUCUAUACCAGGUAAAAGUUUCAGUUCUAUCUUUGUAUAAGUGAGGAUAUCGCGUAGGAGAGGUAGUUGUGUCCGGUUAUGGUGGUGGCUCGUCUCAGCUCGACUCGAUUUAGUUAUACAUUACAAAAUUUUGGAUUAUGAAUUAAGGUGUAUAUGAUUCCUCUCUGUAUUCCCCCCCUUUUUGGCUCUAAUUCUUGCCAUUUGAUGGGAAGUGGAAACUGUAAAUGCUAGUGUAUAUAGGUUUGAGUUAGUUAGUUAUUGAAGCUAAGUGUAGCCUACUUAUAAACAAGAGGAUCCAAUUUUAAUUUUUUUAUUUCAAUAUCACUUGGAUGAA